GACUGUCACCGACUCUCUCUAGAAUUGGCGGCGGACCAGGGUUUUUUUUUCCUUGUGGGGGAAAGCUCCCUGACAACCGAGCCCCCGCCGCGCCGGUCCCCCCUCCUCGCAUCUCUUGUUGUCCAACCGCUCGGUCAGAGCGGCUGACGUGUGCAGCCCUGCCUGCCUGCCUGUGUCUGUCUGACUGUCUCCAAGGCAGGUCCACGUUUUGGGGGGUGUGUGGGAAGGAACUGCAGAUGCUGGUUAUAAACCGAAGAUAUAGACCCAAAACGCUGGAGUGAACUCAGCGGGGCAGGCAGCAUCUCUGCAAGAGAAGGAAUAGAGAGACGUCAAGAAAACAGCCGGCGUGAGUUGGGAAACACGGAUGACAUGUUGGAUCUCUCCUGAGCCGGGACCACAGGAGGAGUUUAGUUGUUCAACACAAAGCUCCUGGGCGGCGAUCGUAAGGUUUGGGAGCAGCUGGACUUUGCAGAUGUAGAAGAGAUGGAGUUAAGUUGCCACGAAGUGCCAAUAUAUGGGCAACUGUCCGUGUUGGCAAAGUUUGAAGAAACGUGUCUCUUACCAGAAAAUGUGGAGUUGUACUUUAUUUAUGAGGGGUCACGUCAGAUGCAUGUCACUAUGGCACAGAUACUGGAUGCUAGGACACUGAAGUCAGUUAUUCCAGGUCAUGAUAUUUUGGAAGAUGUUACAGUUUCUGCCUGCAUGUACACAGAGAGACACUUGUUAUCUAUCCUUGGAAGCAGUCAGAUAACCUACAUUCAGGAUGUAGUGUAUGAACUAGCUCAGGUUCUGAUUAGAAGUGUUGACACAGUCACCUGCGGUAGUUACCUGGCUCUGCUUGAACAAUUUGGCCUAACCAUCGAGGCAGCGCAGUCGUUGGAUGAGAAGAUAACGGCUGCCGCUGAACACAUAGAAUUACCUCCAUCUUGGAAUCUCCUUGGAAAUUGGCCGGAUCAAGAGCUAAUUCCCAGAGAAACCUUGCUACAUGUUGCAGUGAGAUUAGGUCUUUAUAAAUUCUCGCAGUUUCUGCUGUGCAAACCUGGUGGAGUCCAAGCGGUUAUGGUGCCGAAUGAAGAAGGGGCAACACCUGUGGACUUGGCAAUGCAGAAUGGACUGCAGCACCUUGCUGAAUAUUUCAAAGAUCUUCAGAAUUCCCGCAUCACUCCUUCAACUGGAUUUUCUAAGACGUUUGGUGACAGCUACAUAUUGCAGAAAUGUCUUAAUGGACCAACCACCUAUAUAUUGACCAUGGAAAACACCAGAAGGCAAUCACUUGAGGCAGACAUUCUACUUCUGCAGAGAUAUAUACAAGAGAAUGCAGUAAGUUGCAAAUGUUUACCACUAUUGUCAAUACAAAAGAAAACAUAAGUAUUGUGUUAUCUUCCAUGUGGUGUUGGUUAUUCUUAGAAACUGUUGUGUGCUCCUGCAUCUGUGAUCAAGAUGGUAUAGAUCAGUAUAUAGGUAAAGAAAGACAGACACAAGAUGCUGGAGUGACUCAGCGGGACAGCAUCAGCAGUUCUUUCCUACACAUAUAGGCAAAGCAAGCAUCACUUCUGAGCACCUUGAAAUAAACCAUUAUUCCUUCUUCUCAUGACCUAGCUCCUCGACAAAGAUUUUACAAUUUUUUUCGAUUUGCACGUGUUUCUUGCUGGGAAAUUUUCUUAGUUAAUACUCCUGUGAAGGAUCUUGUAAAGGUCAAGUUCUUAGAAACACUGUGCAAGUGCUUUAAUGAAU